UCAUUUCAUCAUCUUCGCUGUUCAAAAAAAAAAAAAAAAGCAAAUUAUCAUUUAACUAUUUUCAAAAACUCAAAAACCUAACAAAAUCAUCUCAUAAACUUAAAGAGAAACAAAAAAACAAAAUCUAACACAAAUUAUGACCUCAAUUUCAAAAUAUCAGUGAACAAUGUAAAACGAUUAUUAAAAGUGUUUCGGAAAUAUAUGGUCUAUUACACUAUCGUCUAUUCUGUAGUCUCACCUAAAUCUAACAUUUAAACAAACAUAACCUUAAAAAAAUUCAAACUAAAAUGUGUAACGGUUAUUUAAAAGUGUUUUUAUUAAAGAAGAAAAAUAAGUGUUUUUAAGACUUUAAGUUGUGCACCAGUAAUACAUCCUCCAAUUCCAUGGAUUCCAACAUAAUUUCAUCAAAACAUUUUCCUCACAUCCAUAUAAGUUAAUGCCGCCUCCAUUUAGUUGCUUUCAUACUACAUCAUCAUCAUUUCUGCAUACCGAAUUGAAACCAGUUGUCUUGGGAGUGCCUAGCAAAAUGCGUGACAAUCCGGCUGUGAAGAAAAUUGAUACUCCAGAAUUUAGAAGUAUAUUCACCGAGGAACUAAAUGCUUUAGUGGAUUUAUUUAAGAAAUACAACUAUGAGUUGAGAAUAGCGGGUGGUGCAGUGCGUGAUAUAUUGAUGGAUAUAAAACCGAAAGAUAUAGAUUUUGCCACCACCGCUACACCGGAUCAAAUGAAGGAAAUGUUUACUACGGAAAAUGUACGCAUGAUAAAUGCUCGAGGCGAAAAGCAUGGUACCAUAACGCCACGCAUUAAUAAUAAGGAAAAUUUCGAAGUAACCACCUUAAGAAUAGAUGUGCGUACCGAUGGCCGUCACGCAGAAGUUCAAUUUACUACCGAUUGGCAAUUGGAUGCCAAUCGCCGGGAUUUAACUAUAAAUUCCAUGUUUUUGGGUUUUGAUGGCACGGUAUAUGAUUACUUUUAUGGUUACGAGGAUUUGCAGCAGAGAAGAGUGGUUUUUGUGGGUGAUGCUGCAGUACGCAUACAAGAGGAUUAUUUACGCAUUUUAAGGUAUUUUCGUUUCUAUGGACGCAUAGCGCGUGAACCUGAUCAACAUGAUGAACCUACUCUGGAAGCCAUACGCCAAAAUGUAGACGGUUUGUCACGCAUCAGUGGCGAAAGAUUAUGGUCAGAAUUGCAAAAAAUUGUAGUGGGAAAUUUUGCUGAGGAAUUGGUUUUGGAAAUGAUUAAUUGUGGUUUGGCCCCAUACUGUGGUUUACCUAAAGAAGUAAAUCUGGAAGAAUUUAAACGAGUAUCACAGACUUUGAAACAUUUCGACAAACCUCAUUAUCCCAUUUUAAUACUUAUAUCUUUACUACACUCGGUAGAAGAUGCCAUGAAAUUGCAUGAAAGAUUAAAGCUUUCGGCCUAUGAACGGGAUUUAGCAUUGUUUAUAACCCAACAAAGAGAUAAGGUUGAUGUUGAUUAUAAAACUCUAAACGAUUAUCAAAUUUUAUGUUUGCAACCUUAUGCUAAACGUGAAUUUGUUGAGGAAUUAUUAAAAUAUAAAAACAAAAAGGAUUUGUAUAUUUAUUUAAAAUCCUGGACUAUGCCUAAAUUCCCCUUAAAUGGUAACCAUUUAAGAGAAAAAGGCUGUGCUGCUAACAAGAAAAUGGGUCUGAUACUAAAUCAAUUAAAACUUAUUUGGGCAGAAAGUGAUUUUCAGCUAACAGCCGAAGAGUUACUGGACAAGCAUUUACCUAAUGUGAUGGAAGCUUUAAGCUCACCUAAUAGCUCACCAAACAAAAAAUUAAAGACCAGCAAAUAAUAUUAAAGAAUUCGUGAUGUGGUGUAAGUAAUGUAACAAAAAUAAUUUUAUUUAAUUCAUGUAUUUUAUGUGUUAUUUUUUAAAGAAAAUCUGUAUGGGUCUUUUAAAACCCUUUUUACAAU